GCUUUGUUUCUAACCCCAGUCCGAGUCUAGGCAGGUCCAAACUCACAAUAGAUAACAAUCAUCACCACCUUACCAAAGGGCCUCCCGGGCCUACAUAAUGUUUGAAUAACCCCGUAAAAGCCAUCUGUUCCCACAGAUGUGACUGAUCUAACAGAUCUAACUGAUUUACCGAUGUGAAUCUUCUUUCGUCAUUAACCGCCCUUACUUUCCACCAAGACAUUGUACAGGUCACACUUACAAAUAACGUCUAGUUAUCAUCUAUCGUCUAUCGUCUGCGAUCUAGGAUUUACGGAAAUACAUCUUCUUCUUAUUGCCGCCAAUCCGCCAACCUAGGUAUUAAGCUUUCUGACCCCUGGACAACUAAAGUUCCACUGGUUCCUUUAUGCUCCGCCUCUAUAUCCGCCCUCCCGGCAAUAAUCAAUCAUACAUAGUCAUAGGCGGCACAGUUAUCCGUAGCUGCAGCCUGUGGGAAGAGAAGGUCAAGCUUUAGGAACGGGAACCCGAGCUGCCCGAGUUUUAGGUAGUCUCAAAUGACAGAGCCCAAGAAGGAAAAUGUCUUUAUCAUUACCAUAGAGCCACUUAAACCCCCUUCUUACCCGCCGAGCCACCACGACGACCUUCUCCAUGGCCAAGAAACCAUGGACCAACAUUCGCUCGGGGACACUGAGAGUUCCAAAACAAUAAUUCCGGAGACUUCGGACAGCAAAAAGACCUCGGGUUCCAAAAUACCACGGUGGUUUCGAAUUCAAGCAACUAAGAUCCGUACAAGUCGGACUCGCCAGGCCCUCCUCGCUUUCUUUUUUGUUAUUGUUGUCGUUCUUCUCGCCGUUCUCAUAUGGUUGGAGAAUAGUGGACACUUACAGGAAGUAUUCAAGAAAACAACCCAAGUCCAACUCAAUCAAGGGACUUAUCUUGGCGAGGUUGUGGCGCAAAGCUCAAGCCUUCCACGCAGCAUCGAAGCGUUCCGCGGAAUACCAUAUGCACAGUCCACAGCCGGCAACAAUCGCUUCAGACCUCCACAGCCAAUAAAUGGCACAGCAGGCAAUGUUCAACGCGCCCUCACUGCUGGCCAUAUCUGCCCCCAGGGUACGGGUGGAAAAAACCAAGGCGAGGAUUGUCUAAAUCUUAAUAUUUAUAGACCCCAUUUCAGCGAUGACCCGGCGACCGCUGAAGCCGAGAUGUCAAAGCUUGGCGUUAAUAGCACGAAGUUACCGGUAGUGAUCUAUGUUCAUGGCGGUGGAUUUAAUUCUGGACAUGGCCAGGAGAGAAACAUGAUGGCAUUUGCAUCAUGGUCUGAGACCCCUCUUAUUGGCAUAAGCUUCAACUACCGGGUUGGAGCCUUGGGCUUCCUGCCGAGCGGAGUAACUGCGAAGGAAGGACUGCUGAAUAUAGGGUUGAAGGACCAGCAGGCGCUUUUCAAAUGGGUACAAGAUAACAUAGCUGACGUUGGUGGUGAUCCGAAAAAUGUUACAAUAAUGGGUUUAAGUGCUGGUGCCCAUUCGAUUGGGCACCACUUAAUAUCGUACUCUUCUGCGAAUAAGCUGACAUCGGCGCCUGUACCAUUCCAAAAAGCGAUCCUCGAAUCCGGUGGAUCGACUGCUCGCGCUACCUUUAACCCUACUCACCCGCUUCACGAGCAGCAAUUCCAGGAAUUCUUGACGAACUGUGGAUUAGAUGACACUCCUGACGAUAAGAUAUUCGAAGAGCUCCGUGCUCUUCCCCUGGACAAAGUCGUUUCUGCAUCUCACAGCGUAUACCGGCGCUGGGAUCCGAGCAUACGUUGGCCCUUCCAACCUACUAUCGAUGGACCCGGAGGUAUAAUACCAGACCUACCUAUCAAGUCUUGGGAGAAGGGGCAUAUUCUACGUAUCCCAAUAAUAACGGGUUUCAAUACAGACGAAGGCGCUGACUUCAUCCCAACUCACUCAAGCAACUCGUCGACGAUGCGCACAUUAAUGUCUGCUAUUGUUCCGUCCCUCAAUAAGACAGACCUAGGAACACUGGACUCAUUAUACCCCGAUCCCAGUACUACGCUCGGGGAAAAAUUGUACGUUACUAAACCACCUGCUGGCUUCGGGUCGCAGUUUUGGAGGUUAGACGACGUAUACGGGCAUUACGCCUAUAUCUGCCCUGUGUUGCAGACAGCACAUUUGGCUUCGACGGCAGCAGAUGCCAACCCCGUCUACGCUUAUCAUUACGCCGCUCGAUCGAACGCUCAUGGCGGUGCGGACCAUGGCGAUGAAGCCCCUAUCGUAGCUCACGACAUGGAUGUCGUUAGCAAGUACCCGGGCAUUAUGACGAUGGCAGAUUCUAUGAACGGUUUCUGGACUCGGUUUGCGGUUACAGGAGACCCAAAUUCAGGGCCACAUAGGAACGAUACGGUUGGGUUCUCGUGGCCAAAGUUCAUUAGCCCGUUCGUUAACGACACGGCGACCGCUAAUAACGCGGAAAACGUAGGGAAGGUGGCCCUGUUUGGCGAGGGUAACGACGAACGCAUGGGAGUCCGCGGACGCCAGAACAAGGGCAUCCCAGCACAGACGGGUAACUUGACAGAACGAGUACUGGAUGAGUGCCGCUUUUGGUGGGACAAGGUGAUAUUUAGUGAGGGCUUUGGAAACGGAAGUACGGCACUAUCGAGUAUUACCCAAAAAGCUAAGACGGGAACGAGGCUAUUGUAAGCCCGGUCUGUAUAAAUGAAGGGAAUGAGAAGGGUUAUCGAACUUAUAUAAAGUCUGGACGGAAUAUGGAGGAGUUAGGACACUUAUUAAAGUGUGUCUCGGGAACGCGCACGAGCGAUGAUACCCUGGUUGGUGUUGAGGGUGCAAUUUGACGAAUCAGCAUGACUUUGUUACGAUGCAUGAGCAACGGCGUUUGGGGACAUAGAUAUAUGUCUUGAUAAAAGAGAUGUGUUCGGACUGGAAGGACUUCGAACUGAGGAUUAGCGUAUAUAUUUUACGGUUGAUAUAUAAGCGAAUCUAUAGUAUAUAUCAAACUAUUGAUUAUCAA